UGCAAAUAAACAACAAGUCAUUUUUCUACGUUUUCCUCUCUUUCUGAAGGUGAAGAGAGUAAAAAAUACACUUAAGAACUGAGUGAUCAUCAAAAGGUGGUAAUGGAGACAGUAAAAGAUAUAUUGAAAGAAGGGAUGAGAGUAGCGAAUGAAGAUCCGAGAAGAGUAAUUCAUACUUUCAAAGUGGGACUUGCUCUUGUUUUGGUCUCUUCCUUCUAUUAUUACCAACCUUUCGGGCCUUUCACCGAUUUCCUCGGUAUCAAUGCAAUGUGGGCUGUCAUGACCGUCGUUGUUGUCUUUGAAUUCUCUGUUGGGGCAACACUUGGGAAAGGACUAAAUAGAGGAGUGGCAACACUAGUAGCAGGAGGACUAGGAAUUGGAGCUCAUCACCUAGCAAGUUUGUCAGGUGCAACAGUAGAACCAAUUCUUUUGGUCAUGAUGGUUUUUGUGCAAGCUGCGUUGUCCACGUUCUUGAGGUUCUUCCCACGUGUGAAAACAAAAUUUGAUUACGCGAUAUUGAUAUUCAUAUUGACGUUCGCACUGAUAUCGUUGUCGGGGUUUAAAGAUGAAGAGAUAUUGGAUUUGGCGGAAAGCAGAAUAUCGACAGUGGUGAUUGGAGGAUUCUGUUGCGUCCUGAUAUCUAUUUUUGUCUGCCCUGUUUGGGCUGGACAAGAUCUUCAUUCUCUCCUUGCCUCUAACUUUGACACUCUCUCCCACUUCCUCCAAGAUUUUGGGGACGAAUAUUUUGAAGCGAGAGAGAAGGGGGACUACAAAGUUGUGGAGAAGAGUGGAAGGAAUCUUGAAAGAUUUAAUAGUCUUCUUGACUCAAAAGGCGAUGAAGAAGCUUUGGCUAAUUUCGCAGAAUGGGAACCACCUCAUGGCAAAUUUAGGUUUAGGCAUCCAUGGAAACAAUAUCUUGCCGUGGGUGCAUUACUCCGUCAGUGUGCCAACAGGAUUGAUGCCUUGAAUUCAUACAUCAACUCAGAUUUUCAGAUCCCAAUGGACAUAAAAAUGAGACUAGAAGAACCAUUAAGAAGAAUGACCUCGGAGUCGGGGAGGUCAAUGCAAGAAGUGUCCAUCUCAUUAAAGAAAAUGAUAAAAUCAUCUUCUUCAGAUAUCCAUGUCUUCAACUCACAAUCUGCCUGCAAAGCUCUUUCUAAUUUACUAAAAUCAGGCAUCUUGAAUGAUGUCGAGCCUCUUCAAAUGGUCUCAUUGAUGACGACAGCCUCCCUGCUCAUAGAUAUCGUCAACUUAACCGAAAAAAUCUCAGAAUCCGUACAUGAGCUUGCAACCGCUGCAAGAUUUAAGAACAAGAUGAGGCCCACCGUAUACUCGGAUUCCGGAAGCAUUAGUGGUCGUGCGGCCAUGCCAAUAGAAUCUCAUGAAGAUGGUCAUGGUGUCACAGUUUUGAACGAUGUUGAUGCAUCAAACAAUGUUGAUAAUUCGCUUGGAUCAGAGAACUCAUGUCAUCAUGUCGCCAUCAAGAUUGUUGAAGAUGGUGAAAUACAUGCACAUACGAGUUUGUUAGAAGAUAUGAGGAGGAAUGAUCGUCUCCACUGAGUAGUGAUCGUUCCUCUCAUUCCUCAUUUUAUGAGUAUCAGUGUUUUGUACCCGCAAGAUUAUAGAGGUCAGACCAUCGGUUGGUAUAUAACGUAUACGGGUAUUUCAACUUUGAAGUUUCCAGACUACUUAAAGGUUACAAACAUUGUAGCCUUCCAAUAAUUUUAAACUAUUGGUCACACAUUCUUUUUUUUCUUUUUGGUGACACUGCAAUCGGCAAGAAACUUACUUGUUCGGUGAAAUGUAUGAGUCAUUAAUUAUAUGAAUGUUCAGGUGA